AGCGGUCGCUGCUCGGACACUGUUGACAUGGAUGACUCUCUACCGCUAAUGUUUAUGUAACAAACAGGGUAUAAUUGUUGUUUCUACACUUCGUGUAUUACAUUUUGCUGCAGUUUUGCUUUAAUUAUUAACAAUACUCCAUUUCUAACGAACCAAAAAUGUAAAUAUUACAAAUGGAAAGCAUUGUAAUAUUUGUAAACUAGGCCUUGCGGCGCCUCGCUUUUUCCUACGGACUCGAACCGGCAUGACGCUCUCAGGCCUCGGCCACCAGCGAUACUCCACACUCGGUGCUAAAUAGUGGCAUGUACCGGGUGCUGAGUUUAUCUAAAGUGGUGACGGAAGUCCAGCUUUGUGAUCUGCCUUCAUUUGCAUCACACCUUGUCGUGUACAGGAAUACAGACUGAGUGAGUGAGUGAGUGAGGUGGGAUAUUGAACAAGGUACGCUGAAGUGCCACUCCUGGAAACAUCAAGUUUAAGGCCUCUGGUGCUGAAAUAGUCUGUCCACAUCUUCAGCAUGGCCUCCGUUCCAGUGUAUUGCUUGUGCCGACUUCCGUACGAUGUCACACGUUUCAUGAUCGAGUGUGAUGUUUGUCAGGACUGGUUUCAUGGAAGCUGUGUCGGAGUGGAAGAAGAUAAAGCAGCAGAUAUUGACCUGUAUCAUUGCCCUAACUGUCAAGUGACACAUGGACCCUCUGUCAUGCGUAAGCGGCGUGGGGGUUCGAAGCAGACUGAUGCUUCAGGAGGCAGGAGAGAGUCAGGGCGACCUGUGAAGACUGGGAGUGCUCAGUUUGUUCGUGAGUUACGCAGCCGUACUUUUCCCAGCGCUGAUGAGGUCCUGCUGAAGCCGACAGGAGCCCAGCUCACAGUGGACUUCCUGGAAGAGCGCUCCUUCAGUGUUCCCGUCCUGGUCUUGAGGAGGGAUGGGUUGGGCAUGAGCCUGCCUCCUGCAUCUUUCUCUGUGUCCGAUGUUGAGCACUGCAUUGGAAGCGAUAAAGAAAUCGAUGUGAUUGAUGUGAUACGUCAGGCGGACCUGAAGAUGAAACUUGGGGAUUUUGUAGAGUACUAUAAUAGCCCCAACCGAGACCGAGUGCUCAAUGUGAUCAGCCUGGAGUUUUCAGACACCAGGUUGUCUAACCUCGUAGAGACCCCAAAGAUUGUGCGGAAACUAUCAUGGGUGGAAAACCUGUGGCCAGAAGUAUCUGUGUUUGAGAGGCCAAAUGUGCAGAAGUACUGCCUGAUGGGGGUGAAGGACAGCUACACUGAUUUCCAUAUUGAUUUUGGAGGAACCUCUGUAUGGUACCACGUGCUACGGGGUGAGAAGAUUUUCUAUCUGAUCCGUCCAACUCCCGCUAACCUGGCACUGUUUGAACGCUGGAGCUCCUCCUCCAAUCAGAAUGAGCUCUUCUUUGGGGACCAAGUGGACAUGUGCUACAAGUGCUCACUCAAGCAAGGAAACACUCUGUUUAUUCCGACUGGAUGGAUCCAUGCAGUUCUUACGCCUGUUGACUGCCUGGCAUUUGGUGGAAAUUUUCUUCACAGCCUCAACAUCGAUAUGCAGCUUCGAGCAUAUGAAAUAGAGAAGAGACUCAAAACAGCAGACUUAUUUAAGUUUCCUAACUUUGAGGCCAUGUGCUGGUAUGUUGGCAAGCACCUCCUUGACACUUUCAGAGGUCUGAGGGAAAAUCGACGGCAUCCUGCAUCUUAUCUGGUCAAUGGAGCCAAGGCUCUCAAUAAUGCCUUCCGAAGCUGGACUCGCAAAGAGUCCUUGGCCGAUCAUGAGGAGGAGAUCCCAGAAACCAUUAAGACCCAACAGCUGGUGAAGGACUUGGCUAAAGAGAUACGACUUGUCGAGGACAUCUUCCAACAGAAUAUAAACAGAGGUGGGGCUCCCUUUGGUGGCUCACAGGCCCUUCCUUCUGCCCACCCCAAACCUCCAUUAACCACUCCUCUUAACCCUGGCAGACCGCCGGGUAAAAAAAGAGGUCCUAAACCCAAGGAAGGGCCUGGUGGUGGGGGCGUAGGUCCUCCAGGGGUCAAGAAAAAAGGCCCGAAAGGGAAGGAGAUGAAGAUGGAGGCAGGAGAGCUGGAUCUGCUUGAGAUUCAUACUAAACACACCCUGAAGAAAUUUCAACCAGGAAAUAAAGCCAAAAACAAGAGCAAGAUGGACCUGCCAGCUGCUUGUGUCGAAGACUUUGAAGGGAAAAUAAAUAAGAGCAAGCUUAAACUUGUUCUCACCAAUGGCAAGAUACAAGGGAAGAAGGGGGGCCGCUCUAGUAACACUAAUGGAGCAGGACGCACUGCUCAGUUCCAGCCUCUUACAAGCAGCUCAGCUCUUUCAUCAGACUUUGAUUCUGAAGAUGAGCUUCAGAUAGAUGAAAGUCCUCCUCCUCGUCGCAGGCCAGUUGUACCCAGCAAAAAGAAACUAGCUGGUCUUCCCAGGAAACUACCACGAGCAAAACCAUGCUCAGACCCACACCGCAUCAGAGAGCCUGGGGAGGUGGAUUUUGACAUUGAGGAGGAUUACACCACAGAUGAAGAGAUGCUCACUGUGCAAGGAUUAAAGGCAGGGGCAGGGGGAAUCCUGGACUUGCUUAAGGCAAGCAAACAGGUAGCUGGCCUGGAUCCUGCCCUCAGUGAGGAAGCGCCAGCCUCUCCCAGUACCCGUGAUGCCAUCCAGGGCAUGCUGUCCAUGGCCAAUCCUCCUUCUUCUUCUUCCUCGUCUUCAUCCUCUUCCUCUGCUUCCUCCUCUCCUUUGUCUAUGUCUGGAAGAGGUGAGAGGUUGGGGACAAUGAAAGACAAAGCCAGGAGGGCCAUGUGGGUGGGUGGCGUAGAGAAGAAAAGUGUGAAGAAGGCCAUCAUCCAAAGACCAGGCAAGCGGCCUAUCAAACGGCCUGCCAGGCACCUCAGUGACGACGACAGUCCUGAUGAGCAGGAGACGCUGGGAACAUGUUUCAAAGACUCUGAUUAUGUGUACCCUUCCUUAGAGUCAGAUGAGGAAGAACACACACUGAAAUCCAAAAUGAAGAAAAAAAGAAACUGGGAUGAUACACCGUGGAGUCCUAAAGCUCGCGUGACUCCCACCCUGCCGAAGCAGGAGCGGCCAGUGAGGGAAGGUGCCCGAGUUGCAUCUGUCGAGACUGGGCUUGCUGCUGCUGCUGCCAAACUGGCACAACAGGAGCAGCAGAAGACUACGACAAAGAGAAAGUACACAAAAAAGAAGCUCCCUCAAGAGAAAGUGCAUUCAGCAGCAUCCCAUCACCAGAUACAGCCAGACUCCAUGUCACCCCCACUGCCCCCUGAGCCUCUGGUGGACUGUAUCGUAGAGGAGAGGAGAGUAGAGACAUACUCGGCCAGCCUGCUGGACCAUGAAUACACAGCAGGCCCGGGCCCAUUUGGCCCAGGUGGCCCCAGAGGGAGCGCUGCCAUGGCUCCAGGCGUUUUCCUCACCUCCAGACGACCAUCUCUGUCUCCGCAGAACAGCAGCAGUUACUCCCCCUCUGCACCCUCACCUGCUGGGAUGGCGAGUCCUGGGGCUGCUGGGGUAGGACAAGGGAAACGCCCAAAGAAAGGACUUGCCACAGCUAAACAGAGACUGGGAAAGAUUUUGAAAAUACACCGCAAUGGCAAACUUCUUCUGUAAAGAUCAUUGGGAAAGGUGAGGUGUGGUGACGUGUGUCUCAGGAGAAGAAGCAGGAAAGUGAAGGGACAAACACUGAGGAAAAGGGGAAAGACAAAAUGGCUGAAGGAUAUUGUUGUUGGAGAACAAAGGACAGACUGAUUUUUAUUAUUAUUAUUAUUAUUAUUAUAAUUGUGACCUGUUUCAUGUAAAAUAUUCUUUUCAUCAUUUGUAAGCUCAAUACCUCUUUUUAGCGUAUAUUUUUAUUACCCUUUUAUUUAACAUGUAUUAGCCUUUGUUUGUCUGUCUUCAUUUAAUUGAAUUCUUUUGUACGUAUGCAUUCUGUAAGAAAAGUAGAAGCUCUUAAGCACGGGUCGUGUGGAUACGGCUUCAGUCUUCGUUGCUGUAAUAUGACUUACAUAAUUGCUCUGCGUCUUGAUUGAAAUGGAACCUCUGCACUUGCAGUUAAUUGUGCAGCGUCGUAAGAUUCAGUUUUACAGGUGACCUAUACAGCUACGAGUUGCAGUCCAGUGACAUUUUGGGGAAGGGGGACUGUGUUUGUUUUAAAAAGAAGUACAGCAUUUUCAUAUAAUGAGUCCAGUAAUUCAAGUGCUCUCAUGAGGCAGGAUUUGCUACCAUUUUUGCAUGGGACGCAACUAACCGUUACAAAUUUCUCAAUUCAAUCACUUGGUACCAGAGCGAAACUCAAGUGUAGUUGGGUUUAUUCUAUAGUAGUAACGAAUCCUAAAGUUGCAUCAGGGCCGUUGUGUGAUUAUGAUCUAACUUUUUAUCUGCAAAAGCCAGUGAGACUGCAGGUUUUAAAUUCCAGACAAAUACGUGACACAUUAAUAGUCAUUUAAAGUUAAAGCAAACAAAACGGAUUCUCUCUUUCAAUGCCCUUUAGUUCUAUCCAUGAAGGGUAAAUAAAAUUUUAAAAAAAAAGGGGGGGAUUUGUUGUGUAGAAAAGACCAUUAUCAGUAAAAAAAAACGUUAAAUAACUCCGAUAUGGCUCUCCUUUUGCCAUGAGCAAAGGUAUUUGGGUUGGGUUUUUUGUUUUCUCCCCCCAUCUUGUUAAUAUGGUGUGGCAGCCUGUGAGAUACGGUUGUUCUUGGAUAGCUUUAAAACCACAAUCUGAUUUAGUUAUCACUUUAGAGAAGGCUUAGCACUGGUUUUCUGCUUUUACCGUUUGUCAUCCUUUUUUUUUUUUUUCUCUCUGGACCUCAUUAAUGAAUGUGUUCUGAUUUCGACAUCUUGGUGGUCUUAAACCUCUAAAUCCUUCGUUGUGGCUUGUAGGCAUUAGCAUUCUUUUUGUUAUCGGUGUUGACUUUUACACAACGAUUUGUAAAAGUGUACCCGACAUCAUCAUCAUCAUCAUCCCAGAGUACCAAGUGUUUUUAGCUUUUCGUUUACAGUUCUGGUUCAAAAUUUCUUUUGCUCGUGUCGACAGGAUGAUAACUGAAGGAUAAGUGAUUUGUCAUCAUGAUUAUCCAAACAAAACAUUUCAUUGUGAAUGAAUGUUUGUUUUCCUCCAGGACGAGAAUCCUUCGCAGAGUUGUCAGUGAUCAUAACCUGUAUAGAUAAGGUGAUAGGAAGUAUUAAAUAGUGUCACUCGGUUAGCAACUGAUUUACCGUGAUCUUCUAAGGAACAGGAAGUCAUUCUACCCUCAGCAUCUUGUAUGCUUUAGUUUGAAUGCUCGUUUCUCACUGCUUGUUUUUAACAUCGUCGUGUAAUGCAUUUCUACUGAUUAAUGUAUGUCAGCUUUGUAAAUAUAUAAUAUAUAUAUAAAUAUAUUUUUAGUCACCCUAGCACAGACAGUAGGAUGUCUUGAUGUCUUGUUCUUGGUUUCACCUGUUUGCAUUCAUGUAUUUAAGUGUAGCGUCUACUGGCUGAUUUCAGCAGGAGUGGUGUGGUACAUUCUAGUAAAAUGGUAAUGCAUCUAAAACUGAAUUAGGCUAGUGUGAUGAAGGUUUAAGGCUUAGUGUACAUAAUCGAUGUAAUUUUGUUAUAGUUGCAAUGAAAGGUUUGUUGCAUUUUUAAAUCUUUCCGAACAUAUCUUGUACAAAGAUAUCUAAAUGUCUUGGGGGGGAAUGUGAGAUAGUUUAACCGCAAGCUCUUUAGUCAUUUUUAUCUGUAUAGGGUAAAUAUGUUAUUAGUUUUGAUUUUGUUUUGACAUUGGAAGGUGAUAAUGAAGUCAGUGUGUUCAUAAUUUUGCCAGUUUAUUUUCAUUUCCCGCUUUCUCUAUUACAAAUGUAAACUGUAAAGUCAGGAUAUCUUUUAAUAUCCAUUCUUGAUGGUUUAAGCAGUUAAUGUUUCUUACCAAAUCUGGAUGAAUUGAGGAAUUCUAGCGAAUUGGCGAGCGUGACCUAUAAACAUGAAAAAUACAUAUAACAAAAUAAGGACCUUGAAAUAAUUGCCCUCGACCAUGUUCAAAUUUAAUCAUUUAAUGAAUGUUUUCAACGUGAUGGAAAGUUAUCUCUAAAAGUAACUGGACUUAAAAAAAAAAAAAGGAAUGAAAAGAAAAUGCAUGAGCAACCCAGUGAAUCUGAGAAAUAGUCUUUCUUGCAUAUUUUCUUUUUCUGUCUUUGAAUGUCAAGGCAGAUUUCUGUUGGAUUUUUUUUUCUUUUUAAUCUGUCUAUCAUCUUUCCCCAGUUUAUUUUUUUUUUCUGUGUCUGUCUUGAGGAAAAAACAAAGUUUCUCUCAGGGUUCAUUUUUCUAUUUCUAGCAUUACUUGGAAUACAUUUCUGAACUGUUGAAAAAAUAAUAAUUCUGUCACAUGUACGCAGUUACCACUUUAAAAGCAGAUGCAAGUCGAAUCCACUGCAUAUUAUUGAUAAUUAGACACAUUGACCUUGUCCUUGCCAGGUGUUGUAUAUUACGAUCGGUUUUGUUUUUUUGGAAGGCUGAAUUUUUCUUUCCAAAUGAGCUCAAUUAAAGAAUAUUUUUUAAAGUUG